AUGGGCGAGUACCAGCCCGGCACGGCGCCGAUCAAGCCAGAAUUCCUGCGUGAAAGCUGGCCAGCACGGAGCGAGCCGCUCGCAGGCUCUGCGCAGUCCACCGAGCCGGGUGCCGAGGCGCCGUCGGCGCCGGACGACGAGCCGCCCGCGGAAGCGCCAGCCCCGGCCGCCGAGGCGGAGCGCCCUAGGAAGCGCGUGCGCGGUCAGAACAAGGCGCGGCAGUUUGCGCGCACGGACGACAUCGUCUCGCUGUGCACGCAGAUUGCCCGGGGCGAGCCGUGCGCGUUUGGUGACCAGUGCAAGUACGGCCACGAUCUGUGUGCGUACCUCACGCACAAGCGGCGCGACAUUCCCUUCCUGGCACCGCCGCCGACGGGCAGUGUGCGCACGCUCCCGCCGGACGAGCGCGACGCGUACCUGGACAGCCUCUACGCGCAGGCCGUCCAGUCCGAGCAGCCACCGGCUGCGGCGCCGCCGCCCGCGGAUCCUGUGCAGGCGUCGCUCGACUACUCGACCGAGUGCCCCUACUUUUCCGAGCGGGGUACGUGCCCCGCCGGAUGGCGCUGCCGCUUCCUUGGCGCGCAUGUGCGCCGUGUGAGUGCGUCGCACGCGUGCGUUGGCGCCGAGGCGCAGGGGAUGCUCGGCACGGGCCUCGAGCUCGUGCACGAUCCCGCGCGGGCCGCCGCGUGGCGCUCGCGGCCUACGACGGCGCAGCCUGAGAACGACGAGGUGAACUGGCUCGCGCCCGGCGUGGCCAAAUCACUGCGCUCGAAAAAGUACGCCUACGACAAGGCGCCGAUCAUUACGCAGGUGCUCGCCGACGAGGCGCAGGCCCUGCACGCCCUCUCGCCCGCCGAGGCAGCGACGUCGCCGCUCGGCAAGGGGCCGCUGCGCAUUGACUACGAGCAGCACCGCCGGCUCGAGCGGCUGAAGGCCGCGUCGAUGCGGCCAGAUGCCGCGGAAGAGGCGCUUGAGGCGUACGAGGAUGCGCUGCGCAAUGCGCGCGAGGGCAGCGAUGCCGCGGCGGAUACCGCGCGCGUGCGCCCUGCGGAGAAGCGGCGCCUGCAGUGGAAGGGCGAGCUGUACCUGGCGCCCCUGACGACCACGGGCAACCUCCCGUUCCGCCGGCUGUGUGCGUCGUUCGGCUCGGACAUCCACUGCGGCGAGAUGGGCAUGGCCGAGUCGUUCACGAGCGGGCACGCCUCGGAAUGGAGCCUCGUGCGCCGCUGGGAGGGCGAGCGCAUCUUUGGCACGCAGCUGUGCGGCGCCAAGCCCGAGUUUCUCGUGCCUGCCGCCGAGGUCCUGGCGCGCGAGGUCGGCACGGGCCUCGACUUUGUGGACGUGAACUGCGGCUGCCCCAUCGACCUCGUGUACAACAAGGGCGCUGGCUCGGCCCUGCUGGACCACGCGAACAAGCUGGGGCGCAUCGUGCGGGGCAUGUCGGAGGCGCUGGGCGAGGUGCCGCUGACGAUCAAGCUGCGGACGGGCACGACCGCGAAGCAGACGACACACAAGAUCUUCGCGCGCGCGCAGACCGAGUGGGGCGUCGGUGGCAUGACGCUGCAUGGCCGCUCCCGCAAGCAGCGGUACAAGAACGACGCCGACUGGGCAUACAUUGGGCAGUGUGUCGACGCGCUGCACAGCUCGGUGCGCACGUGGAACGAGGAGUCGCGCUGGGCCGACGCGCCCGAGAUGGUGCCCGUGCCCGUGUACGGCAACGGCGACGUGUACGGCUGGCGGGACUACUACGAGCAUCUGGAGAGCACCGGCGUCGACGGCGCGAUGAUCGCGCGUGGCGCGCUGAUCAAGCCGUGGAUCUUUACCGAGAUCAAGGAGCGGCGCGACUGGGACAUUUCGAGCCGCGAGCGCCUCGACCUCGUGCGCCAGUUCGCCUCGUACGGGCUCACGCACUGGGGCGCAGACACCCAGGGCGUGAACACGACGCGGCGCUUCCUGUGCGAGAUGCUCUCGUUCACGCACCGCUAUGUGCCGCUCGGCCUCCUGGAGCACGUGCCCGUGCGCAUGAACGACCGCCCCCGGCCGUUCCGCGGCCGCGACGCGCUCGAGACGCUGCUCAGCAGCCCGAGCGCGCAGGACUGGACGCGCAUCGCCGACAUGUUCCUGGGCCCCGCACCGUCCGACUGGCACUUUACGCCGAAGCACCGGUCGAACGCGUUCGACGAGGCGGCGGAGCUGCAGGGGUAG